AUGGUGUUUAUAGACGCAGUUCUAACAGCUUUGGCAGUUAUGAAACUAUCUGUCAGCAAACAUGUUAAACUUAUACUGCAAGUUCUGACCGAAAGUUGUGACGGGACUUCAUUGCAUGAAAGUACCGUGUACAAGUACAGCUACCUGGAAGGCGGGGCUGGAAAGGGGGCGGGGGUUGCCGGGGGAGCAGGUGGCCCGUCGGUUCCCCGCGGAGGUCAGCAGGGAGCGAAUGCGAAUCUGAAUUUGGGAAGGGCUCGUGUGUACGCGGAUGUGUGCACGCAUAAGCCUAGAGAUUACUGGGACUACGAGAAUCACAUAAUAGAGUGGAGCAACCAGGAUGACUACCAACUGGUGCGCAAACUGGGCAGAGGAAAAUACAGUGAGGUUUUUCAAGCGAUCAAUGUGAACUCAGAAAGUGGGUCUGAAAAUGAAACUUGUGUGGUGAAGAUCCUGAAACCCGUGAGCAAGAAAAAGAUCAAGCGAGAGAUCAAGAUCCUGCAGAACUUGCACGGGGGACCCAACAUCAUCAAAUUGCUAGCAGUGGUAAAGGAUCCCAUUUCGCGCACGCCCGCCAUCAUCACAGAGUUUAUCAACAACAUAGACUUCAAAUCCCUAUAUCAGACACUGCAGGACUAUGACAUUAGAUAUUACUUGUUCGAACUGCUGAAGGCGCUCGACUUCUGUCACUCAAUGGGCAUAAUGCACAGAGAUGUGAAGCCGCACAACGUCAUGAUAGACAAGGAGACGAGGCAACUGCGCCUAAUUGACUGGGGUCUGGCCGAAUUCUACCACCCCGGUCAGGAGUACAACGUUCGGGUAGCCAGCAGAUACUUCAAGGGUCCUGAACUGCUUGUAGACUAUCAGUUGUAUGACUACAGUCUAGAUAUGUGGUCAUUGGGCUGUAUGGUGGCUAGCAUGAUCUUCAGGAAGGAACCAUUCUUCCAGGGCCACGACAACUACGACCAGCUGGUGAAGAUAGUGAGAGUUCUGGGAACAGAAGAGUUCUACGACUACAUCGAUAAAUAUUCCAUCGACCUCGACGUCAGGUUCAACGAUAUCCUCGGCCGACACUCGAAGAAGCGUUGGGACAGGUUCCGACAUAGCGAGAACCAACACUUGGUUUCCGAGGAGGCCAUCGACUUCCUGGACAAGCUUCUGAGAUACGAUCAACUGGAGCGAUUGACGGCACGAGAAGCUAUGGACCAUUCUUUCUUCCAGCCUGUGUUGGAACGCAACUGUGCUCCGCCCCCUCUCCCAGCAGGCUUGAAUGGAAACGGCUCAGGGAACCCUUCAACAUCCUCAAUCGUUCCUGGAAACGGCAACGGCGGAUUACCUGGCAAUGGGUCAACGUUUGCAUAGAGAACUAAUGGAACUGUAAAGAAUCCACCCCCUUCCCUCACCUUUAACCUAAUCCAAAAGUGCCCCAUUUGAAGUUUCCCGUGCUAUUUGUAGCCCUAAUCUGCCAAGACAUAAUCUAGUCACUUUGAGUACGACGUGCAUUGACGCAAACAGUUACGAUUUUCUCAAUUUUUCAUUCAUAAUUCAUCUCUGUGAGGAUGCUUGUAACAUUGCCCAGAUUACGAUAGCUAUACUAGUUCUCUUGAUCUUUCAUUAGCAUCCCAAUUUCCGGUUAGAUUUCCAAGUCGAAGCUAAAAUCAAUUGAAGUUGUAGAUUGUGUUUUAACGUGCUUAGUCCUUUAAAGAAAGCAGUGGCCGCGCAUUUCGUCAGUGAAAAAUAACGACCCCUAAAAUAUCCCAGAUUGCGUAGAGCAGUGAAGUAGUUUUCAAGCCCCAUCUAGAGAACCCACCAAUUUAGAGAACUCACUCGUUACAACUCAAACCCCCAGUCAAAAGUAUACUGUAAAUUAUUAAGAGAGGUGAGACACUUUGUGAGCGUAUGAUCUAAUGGUUAAGUAUCCAUUCUCUAGCUAGCAGUUAAAUUGAUAGGUAUUUCUGUUGUAGCUAAAAUAACAAACAAAAAACAGGUCUUCUAAUUCUUAAUUUUAUUUUACUAACCCUAUUGCGAGACGAAUCCAAAAGUGUAGUACGAGAAUGAAGAGCUGUUCAAUGAAUGCCAGAUGCCUGGCUAUAAAUACGCUUUGAUUUUUACUUCCGAUUAAUGGAUACAGUAUCAAUACGUUAAAUACAAUUUCGUGAAA